AUGUCGGAACAGUUUUCCGCGCCAGAGUUGAAAGAGGGGUUUAAGGCAGUGCUCACCGUGAAGUCCUUUGUGGCGUCUGAAGAUCUAAUCUCUCGCCUCUCGCCUACUUUUGGACUCCUAAAUUUCCCUCGCACAGCCCAUCUUAUCCAUCUUGGUGCCAUUGGUUCAGAUGAUAUUCUACUCCCCUCUGCGCCUGCACUCUCACCCGGAUGCACUGUGGUGAUCACAGAAAAAGUCGAUGGCGCGAAUAUGGCCUUUAGCUUGUCUUCAGGUCGACAACUGUUGGUACAGAACAGAUCUCAGUUUGUGAACUCGAGCUCGCAUAGCCAGUUCAAGAAACUCGAUUUUGGAUGGCGAGACAUAGCGAGGAAUUAUUUGGGUUAUUGA